AUGCCUGCCUCACUGGCCGACCAGGCAGCCAGAGUUGCUGCAGCUAACAUUCAAGACAUUGAUCUUUCACACCUUCGCGGACUUCCUCCAAGAGCGUUGCAGCUCCUCUUGAAGCACCUGGACCUCGAGUCUAUCUCUUUGAGCACUUGGAAGGCCUUACAGGAGCUUGGACGCGCCGGCCACCUCGACAACAAGAAGAAGCUGGCCUUGCACCAGUUCCUGCACCAUGUCAAGGAGCCAACGGCUGACCUUUGUGUCUACCUGGCGCCUCUCCAGUCCACCGACUUUACUUUCAUAUCGCACCUACGACUUGCUGGCUCCUGCCUGAUCAAGGUCGAGGAGCUGCUCUACCUCCCACGAUGGUCUAAGAACCUCGGCCUGUUGGAGCUCAUGGAGCCCAUGGACAACGAAACUCCUUUUCCUCGGCUGAAUGACCGCGUGUUUAAGGCGUGGAGUCUGCAUGAUGACCCUUUCCCCAAGUUGAAAGGAAUCGGAAUUUCCACCCACAGCUCCAUUACAGAGCAGUCCCUCCAGUAUUUCACACAGUUUCCGGCACUGAUAAUGCUCGACAUUACGGCUGGAAGGGCGGACUGGACACGUUCGGAGUCCCUUGCCAAUGCCCUCGGUUGGAUAUACUGCAACUGGGCCGAAGUUCAGCGCUGGUACAACGACGACGAUGAUGAGGGCGAUCCCGACGUCGUGCCCAAGGUCGAGACCGAAAACUCAUCCGCGGCCAUCGACGCUCUUCGCCUGAGGAGAAGAUGA